UUCAUUGUCUAAAGUUUGUGUUGGGUUAUCGAAACAAAAAUUCAAGUUUUCAUUUUAAUUAAGUGGAUUAAAAAAAGCAUAUUUUUAAUUUAAAGUCGCAAUUUUAAAUAUAAGUUAUAAAAAAUUUGAUAUUUUUAAAAUUUGGAGUAAUAUUGUAUCAAAAAUGCAUAUGUCGUCAUAACUUCUACAAAGGUAUUUAGGGAAAUUGCUUCCUCCAUAUUCAAAAAAAGACAAAAACUUGAAAAUGUAUUUACUGUAGUAGUAGUACUAAUAGAAUAAAAGAAAAAAGUCGUCACGUAAAUUUUUUUUCUCUUUGAUUUUCAGCCAUGAUAAUUUCUUGAGAAUUAUUUUUUUUUAAUAAGAAUAAAAUUAAUUACAACAAAAAUUAAAAAUUUAAGUGAACUAAGAAUUUUGAAUGAUUGGAUAAUAAAAUGCAAAACGAAAGUGACGAAAGCUGGUUAGAAGAACAAUUAAUCACAGCAAUAGAUUCGGAGCCAAAUUGUGAUCGAGAGUAUGAAAAACAAAAAGAUUUGGUCAGUCGUAAUAUAUGGGGUGCAUUUCAAGAUUCAGCAACAUCGAUAGCACAAUUAUAUCGAGAUCGAACAUGCUUUCAUGAUCCUGGAGCUUUAUGGUUACCAUUUCAAACAGCUGCCGGUACAGUAACAAGUUUGUACAAAGAAUCUUGUGAUGGCAUAAAACGUACAAAUGAGUUAGCAGUUCAAUGUGGAUACCAAAGAAGAACUAGGGAAAUUGCAGAAUGGGCUCGCAGUAAAAAAAGACGUUAUAUCCGCCGAGAAGAUUUGUUGGCCUAUUUAGUAGGAAAACCACCGCCAUCUUUAAGAAGAUUGUCGCCAAAACCAGAAUCUAGUUACCAUAUUCAUAACAAUAAUCAUAGUCACCAUAAUAAUUCAUCAAUACUGAUUGGAUUAAAUCACAACACAAAUAAUGUGGAAUCAAAUGAUUUUCAUACUUUUAAGGAAGCAUUAGUGCGAAAACCAAGAGGUCCAGAAUUAUAUGCUUUUGUAGCUAAUGAAAUUGCUCGGCAUUGUAAACGACCUGCCAGCCCAUCUGAUGUUAAUAUGGACAUGCAAAAUUAUUGCAAUAAACGACAACGUUUUAUGUAGAAAAGUCUUCAAAUUAUAAAAUCAUUUAUAUAAUAAAGUUACAAAAUUUACAUAAUAUUAUGUAAUUGCGUAAUAAUAUUGAAAACCCUGCUAUUUUUGGUUUUGUAAUUAUACGAAUAGGAAAAAAAAUGUACAAUAAUUUUAUAUGAGGAGUGUUAAAAUAACAUACCUAAACAAAAGUCAUCAUUAUUGACUGACAUCCGCCUUUAUAAAGCAAUAAAAUAAAAAAAAUUUUAAAUAACUAAGACACUUUUUCCAUAAUAUGUUUAUUUUGUAUAAAAAAAAUAAAAUGUAUACAAAUUUUCAAUCAGUCAUAGAGAAAUAAAACGUGGAUCUUGCUUUUUCGAUUUUUGAAUGUUACAGCAAUGUAGAUACCUACAAGAUUUUUUUAAUUGCUGAAUAAUUAAAAUUUUUAUAUAAUUUUGCAUAUUAAAGAAAAUUAGAAUUACUUACCUUUAAGCAAAUAAAAUUAUUGUUUUUUUUUUAAAUGAACAAUACAUAAUUCGAAAUGAAAAUAAAAAUAGGUAUUGAAAAUAAAUAAUAAAAAAAGUUUCAUAAAAGCUUUAGUGAAGUAUAUCUGAAAAAUAAAUAAACUAUCUUGCGCAUCAAUUAAGAAUGUGUGAAAUAUUACUAAAUUAUAUUUUCAUAAUAUGUAUAAAAUAAGAAUAAAAAUCUUAAAUUUUAUGAAACUCAAAAUUUCUACAUUUUAUGCAUUAUUCUUUUCGUUUAUUCUAAAUAAUAACAAAUUUAUUUUAAAAGAAUAUAAGAAAAAUAUUGGGAUAACAAUAAUGUCAUAAAUAUUUACAAAAUGUUGUAAACUAUUUUCUAAUUGAAAUUAAAUUUUAAGAAAUAUUUCUCAAAAUCUUCAACUAUAAGAAUAAGAGUGUUAUUUGAAAUCAAAACCAGUACUUGCUAUGUAUUGUAUCAUUGCAUUUCAUUUCAUCUCCAAAAAGCAUUAGUUUCUCAAAAAUUAAAGGUAAUUCUAAAAUUUAAUGUUUUUCAAAAAAGUUUAUAGAGAAUGAUUUGUUCAUUAUCAUUUCAAUGGGAGAAAUUCACUUAAAAAAAACUGUAAUAUUGUUUCGAUAAUUCAACAUAAAUUUAUUUAACAUAAUUUGUUCAUUAAUUUAGCUUAAUAAGCUAUAAGAUCUUCUGACAGAUUAUUAAUAUUACUUUACGGUUGCAUUUUUAAUGAAGUAUUAUUUCCUCUUUUCUCGAUUUUCUGUUUCCUCAUCAUAUUUUUAAUGAUUAUUUAUAUCAUAUUAUUAAUGAUUACACAUUUAAGAUUUGGAUUAAGGCAUUCGGUGCUACAAAUAAUUGCUAAAGUACGAGCAAUGCAUUUUUUCUAUGAUUUGCUGAGUGCUC